UUAGAAAGGAUUGGACAUUAUGGACGAAAAUGAUGGCUAAAGAUACCGGUACUGGAUGGAAUCCUGAGUUGGGUACAGUUGAUGCAUCAAAGGAGUGGUGGGAGGAAAGAAUUAAGGAGAACUAGGAGUAUGCGAAGUUUCGCAAACAUGGAUUCAAGUUCAAAGAUGAACUUGAGUUUUGCUUUGCAGGUACUUAUGCUACUGGUUCGUAUCGAAUGGUACCUUCAAGUGGUGUGAAACAUUCAUCUCAUACAUCGGUGGGGUUUGAAAAACGGAACCAUGAGGAUUCAGACGGCUUUGAUACAUGGUUUGAUGAUGAUCCCUAUGUGCUCGAGCCACCCUUGCAUGAUCUGAACCUGGAUAAUAGCCCAGUACGAGUUGUUGAUGAACAACAUGAUGAGUUUUUCUCUACAGCUACUUCCCCACCUAGAGUUAAGUCAGUGACUCCAACACAUACAACUGCUAGCUUGGGUAAAAGGUCAUCUCAUAUGAGUGGAUGCCAGAUUCGCAAGAAGCGAGCCACUACCAAGGUUGAUACAAUGAACGAGCUAGUACAAGCUGUGCAUAACGUAGCUGGGAAAUUGAAUUCACCUUCACAUGAUUCAAGUAUAGGAUAUGGAGGAGGCCAAAGCCAGUAUGGAAUAGCAACCGUAAUUCUCAAGAAAAUGAUGCAUGACCAGCACAUGAGUACAGAGUUGUACCUAUUUGCAGUGGAUUUGUUGCGUGACAACAUGAACAGUGAAUUCUUUAUAGACUGUGAUGAUGCACUGCGAAUGCCCUUUAUAGAGAGAAAGUUUGAUCAAUACAAGAAGGGGACGAAUGUCGACGGUUUGUGAAUUCUGAAACAUGCUUGCCCAGUUUUGUUGCGGUUAUCAUUAUGGGAUGACACGCAUAUUAACCACUAGUUUUUUUUUUUUUCAGCUAAUGCUAAUGUUAUGUAUAGGAUGGAAUUUUUAUUACGGUUGUAUGAUGCAUUAUGUAUAUUAUGGAAUGUUGCAUACUUUGGCCAUGGAGUAAAAUGGAUGUAUUUUGAACUUUAUUUGUUACUUGUGCU